AAGAAGGGAGGAUGGACGGACGGGGUAGAGGGGAGGCUUCUGUUCUGACAAAGCUGGCCCUUGUGCUCCCCCACAGUUGGCAUGUUGGCACAGUGAGGUCAAAAGAGGCUGGCACUCAGCGUCGUUCCCUCAGUACCAUGAAACAAGCAAUGAGCAGCAUUGCACCAAAAAACACUAAACCUAAUUAGCCACUACAACUGUUACCAUUAGCCACCACGCAAGCUAAGGACGUAAACCACGUGUCAAAAAGGAGUAACGGACAGGAUUUUUGCAGGAGCAGUCACAAAUGUAAGGGUGACCAUGUGUGGGCAAUGGAGAUGAUGACGACUAGUCCAGGAGCAAGGACCCUUUGAAGUCUAAACGGCAUCAAGGAGAAUACUAACAAGGGAAACGCGGAUGACAUUGCAGAUGCCAGCAGAUUGCUAAAAGCAUAAAAAGGGCGGCCUAUAAACCAAGCAGCAACCCAAGGAGUCCUCAAAUAACUCCGUGACAGACGAAGAAAACACUUGGGCAUCAUCUGAAGGAUAAUAGCAUUGUUCCAGCAGCAUCUAGAGUCAUGACAAUGGCCUUCAGCGUCACCCCAACGUCCUUUAAUGACCCCACUGUGGUCUCAGACAUGAGCCCAACGGACAGCACCAGCAGCCCCUUCUCCUCCAACACCACCAGCUUCCCCUCCAGCAACACCACAGGGCCAUGUGAAUGGGACUGGGGCUGCGUUCCGGCCGAGGUGGCCUUCGUGGUGAUGGCGUCGGUGGGCAGCCUGGUGGUGUUCCUGCUGGCCUCCAUCCUGGUGCUGGCCUGCCAGGUGUGCCGGCUGCAGCGGCAGCAGUACAGCAGCGGCCGGGGGCACACCCGCAGCAACGUGGACCUGGUGAGCGGCACGGGCUACUGGGGGGCGGGCGCCCGCGCCGAGGGAGGAGGCAUCGUGGGGCCUUGCGACGCCUCCAGCGUCAUGCUGGAGGAGGUCAAGGCGCAGGAGGAGAACGGGGCUGACGGGAGCGAUUUUGACCAGGAGGGGACGGAGGAGGGGAGCGAGGUGUUGGUCACUCAGGACAGUAGGCCCCAGUCGGGGAUCAGCGUGGCUCCCGUGGGCGAGCUGAUUGCCAUAGGGGAGAAGGACGACAACACCACGCUUCCCCCACCACCACCACCGAUGCCAGGCUCUACCUCCAGGGAGUCGUGCCUGGAGAUGGGGAAAGACCUGGAGGACAUGCCUCUGGUGGUGUAACCCAGAGAUGGCAGAAAGGGAAGGAAGGAAACUAGAAAAUCUAUUGGGUGUAAUAACAUCAAUGCAAUCUCAAAUGUUAGGGGUAGGUAGGGAAUUGGCUUCAACAGGGGUGUUUGAAGACUAUGGGGUUGAAUCAUUUUAUAAAACAUCAUAUUAUAUGAGAAAAGGUGUUAAUUUGAUGCCCUCUCAUGGAUCUUUAAGACUUCAAAGUGAUGAGUCCCAAUGUCAGUUUCAGGUAAAGAAUAGGAAUCGUUCUGAAUAAACAUGUCAUGACAGGCAAA